CUGCAGUCCCGGCUGCAUCUCACAUAACCUGACAGCUGCCGAGCUACAGCCACGGGGGCCAGACUUUGUUUUUGUUUUUUUAUUUGUUUUUGUUUUUUAAUCGCUGUCACACGCUUGUAUUCACAACCAUUCGGCCAUUUUUCGCGACUAGAGCGCAAGCGGAGAAGUCCGAAUUUUUUUUUUUUCUCCUCGCCUUUUCUUGAUCCCCGUCGGGCUCGCGUUUUCUUGUUUUUACUGCCGGUCCAGGCUGUAACCGGCGGAACCGAGUGGGCCAUGGCCUUCCUAGGUAGCGCGGUGCGGCGGGUGGUGUCGGCGGUGCGGCCCCCUCUCUCUCCCCUGUGCCGGACGACAGCUCGGUCCUACAGCUCGGAGCCUACCAGCGAGAAAAGUGUCCCCUACGAGAAGACGCUCAAACAGCAAGACGGCGCCUCCUCUGGACCCACGAAACCUUUACCCAGAUCGGCAGAUGCCGUGGUGAUCGGAGGAGGCAGUCUGGGCUGUCAGACCAUCUACCACUUGGCGAAAAUGGGGAUGACCAACGUGGUUCUGCUGGAGAGAGACAGACUGACUGCUGGCACCACCUGGCACACUGCAGGCCUGCUGUGGCAGCUCCGUCCCAGUGAUGUUGAGGUGGAGCUCUUGGCCCACACCAGGAAUGUGAUCAGCAAAGACCUGGAGGAGGAGACGGGUCUCCACACAGGCUGGAUCCAAAAUGGGGGACUCUUCAUUGCCUCCAACAAGCAGAGGCUGGAUGAGUACAAGCGCCUCAUGUCGCUGGGUAAAGUUUAUGGAAUCGAGUCCCACGUACUGUCACCUGCGGAAACCAAGGACCUGUAUCCUCUGAUGAACGUUGAUGACCUGUAUGGAACCCUGUACGUGCCAAAAGAUGGCACCAUGGACCCAGCAGGCACCUGCACCACCCUGACCCGGGCUGCAUCCGCCAGGGGCGCCAUGGUGAUUGAGAACUGCCCUGUCACUGGCAUCCAAGUGCGGACAGAUGAUUUUGGUAUAAAGAGGGUGAAGGCGGUGGAGACCUCUCAUGGGACUAUUGAGACACCUUGUGUGGUGAACUGUGCAGGGGUGUGGGCCACCAAGCUGGGGGAAAUGGCCGGAGUCAAGGUUCCUCUCAUCGCGAUGCAUCACGCCUAUGUGGUGACAGAGAGAAUUGAAGGCAUACAGAACAUGCCGAACGUCAGGGACCACGAUGCAUCAGUGUACCUGCGCCUCCAAGGUGACGCCCUGUCGGUUGGUGGUUAUGAGCACAACCCCAUCUUCUGGGAUGACGUGUCUGAUAAGUUUGCCUUCAGCCUGUUUGACCUGGACUGGGAUGUAUUCAUGCAACAUAUCGAGGGCGCCAUAAACAGAGUUCCUGAUCUGGAGAAGACUGGGAUCAAGUCCACCGUCUGUGGACCAGAAUCCUUCACGGCAGACCAUAAGCCGCUGAUGGGAGAAGCCCCGGAGGUCAGAGGUUUCUUCCUGGGCUGUGGCUUCAACAGUGCUGGUAUGAUGUUGGGUGGCGGUUGUGGCAGAGAGCUGGCACACUGGAUCAUACAUGGCCGCCCCGAAAAGGACAUGUACGGUUACGACAUCAGGCGCUUCCACAACUCGCUGACGGACAACCAGCGCUGGAUCAGAGAGCGGAGCCACGAGUCUUAUGCUAAAAACUACUCGGUGGUGUUCCCCUUUGAUGAGCCGCUUGCCAGCCGGAACAUGAGGAAGGACCCCUUCCAUCAGGUGCUGACAGAGCAGGGCUGUGUGUUCCAGGAGAGACAUGGCUGGGAGAGACCCGGCUGGUUCAACAAAGACGGGCCUGCUCCUGUUAUAGACUAUGAUUACUAUGGUGCUUAUGACAUUAAGAAGAACACAAACUACAAAUACAACGAGUUGCUGGGCAGAGAGUACACCUUUGACUUCCCUCCGCAUCAUGACGUGAUUAAGAGCGAGUGCCUCUCAUGUAGACACGGCGUGGCCGUGUUUGACAUGUCCUACUUCGGAAAGUUCUAUCUCACCGGACCAGAUGCCAAGAAGGCGGCUGAUUGGCUGUUCACCGCUGAUGUUAACAAGAAGCCGGGCUCCACCGUGUACACCUGCAUGCUGAAUAAGAGAGGAGGGGCGGAGGCUGACCUGACAGUGAGCAGACUGGAGCCUGGUGCUGCCAACCUGCCCCUGGCACCGCAGUCCAAUGGUGAUGCAUACUACCUUGCCAUCGGAGGCGGUGUAGCAGAACACAACUGGAACCACAUUAGAACGGUUCUCCAGGACCAAGGCUUCAACUGCCAGCUGACAGACCACUCUGAGGACAUGGGGAUGAUCAGCAUCCAGGGACCCAAGAGCCGAGAGGUGCUUCAGGAGGUGCUGGACACAGACCUGAGCAACGAGGCUUUCCCAUUCUCUUCCCACAAAGUUGUCAACGCGGCAGGGCAUCAGGUGCGGGCCAUGCGUCUGUCGUUCGUCGGAGAGCUCGGCUGGGAGCUGCACAUUCCCAAAGACUCCUGCCUUCCCGUCUACAAUGCUGUCAUGGCAGCCGGCGCCAAGCACGGCAUCAUCAACUCAGGCUACAGGGCCAUCGACUCACUCAGCAUAGAGAAAGGGUACAGACACUGGCACGCUGACCUUCGCCCGGACGACACACCCUUGGAGGCGGGGCUAGCCUUCACCUGCAAACUGAAGAGUUCGAUCCCGUUCCAGGGCCGCGAUAGGCUGGAGAAACAGAAGGAGGAGGGGCUGAAGAGGCGCAUCGUCUGCUUCACCAUUGAUGAGAAAGUACCGAUGUUCGGUCUGGAGGCCGUUUUCCGUAAUGGCGUCCCCAUUGGUCACCUGCGGCGUUCUGACUAUGGCUUCUUUAUCGACAAAACCAUCGGUUAUGGAUACAUCCGCCACCCAGAUGGAGGAGUGGUGAGCGCCGAUUUCAUCAAGACGGGCGAGUUCACCCUGGAGAGGAUGGGCGUGACGUACAAGGCCAAGGCCCACCUCAAAUCUCCAUUUGACCCCGAGAAUAAACGCGUGAAGGGCAUCUAUGCUUGAGGAAGACCGAACAUGUGAAAGCGACAUCCAGGCGCCGCUGUUUUAGUCCAAACUUCUCCAUGAAAUACUGUGUAGGUGUCUCAAAUGUAGAUAUUUUUAUUCAUAUUCUAUCUGUGGUUUAAUGGAAAUGGAGGAGACGCGAUUUGAAACGUAGAUGAUCUAAAAUCUCUGUCAGCAUGUCAAGGAGGAGCUGAUCACAACCUGACGUGGAUGUGUUGUUGUUCAGCUCUACGUUUCUCUACCAAUCUCGAGUUUUGGGAGUAACCGUGUUCCUCUGGGAACAUUACCAUCGCUAGUAUUACUGUGAAAACAAAUUGAAUCUGUGAAGUGCUGUAUCGUAGGCCACUGGACUUUUUUCAGUUUCUUAAAGACGUUUCAACCCCCUCAUCCAAGAGGCUUCUCCAGGCUUUUAAACUGUAUGGGUGUGUCCUCACAGGGUGGUCAGGGACAGGGUCGUCAACUGAGAGGUGAAACAUCUUCAAGCAACUGAAAAAGUCCAGUGGCCUACCAUACACCUCUUAUAACUACCAUGACCUGGAUGGCCGAGAACCUUCAUCAACAAAUUGAAUCUCAUCUCCAAUAAUGAAAGACUUCACACUAGCGCACCAGGGUGGACUGAAAAGACCCAUUCAAGCUCAAGAUCAGGCUAACUUUGAUAAGUUUACCCUUCCCUAGAUUGAUCUCAAGGAGUCAGAUAACAGCACAUGGUUUGUUCUUUCAUCUCGAUAAAUAGAAAACAUAACCAUACAACCUCUGUUCAUGUCGAGCCAUCAAAAGUCAAAUCAUACCAACUCCGAAUGGGGCCUCAUUCUGUCCAUGUCAUGGGGGAUUACAAGAGUUGAGGAGGCCUCCAAUAAGUUAACGGUGCUAAGCUUUAAAGGAGACGUAUUAUGCUCAUUUUCAGGUUCAGAAUUUUAUUUUGGGCUACUGCUAGAAUAGGUC